UAAUAGGUUUUAGCAAUGCAUUUCUAACAUUUAUAAUGUGGUUAAAACCAAUUCUAAGAAUUGAUUUACACAGACUUUCAAAUAUUUCAAACCCCUUUCCAAACACGGUAAAUAUAUGUACGACAUAACCAUAGCCCAGGGGUGGACUUCUCAUCAGCCCUGUACUCUCCAGCAGAUGUUGAAUGAUCUUGGCACCUGGGAAGAGAAACAUAAAAUGAAACUCAGCUCAAAGAAAUCCAAUGUCUUGUUUCCCUUAUGAAACAGAUUCUUGGCCAUCACUUUCUACAGAUGAGAACACACUUAUAAUCUGUGUCCCUGUUAAAGUUUUAGGGCUAACUAUCCAGAAUGCUUUAAAUUGGGAUUGUCAAGUGUUGUCCUAUGCAAACAGAAAGCUCUCCACCAGUUAAAAAAAGUUGGUGUUCGAGAUCAAGAAUUGUUUAUCAUCUAUACAGAGGAUAUGCAGCCUCUGUUAGAAACUAAUGGAAGACAGUGAGGAGAGUGAGGAACGGAAUGAGGCCGAGGACAAACAUAAUAAUGUCAAAACUUGUGAGAAAUCUUUAAGUUGCUCACAGACUAAAAGUAAUUUAUUGAAAAGAGCCAAAAAGCCUUUCACCUGCUCUCAUUGUGGGAAGUGUUACACAGUAAAAGCAACCCUGGCAAUACACAUGAGGACCCAUACUGGAGAAAAUCUGCACACGUGUGAUCAAUGCGGGAAGAGUUUUCCGAUAAAAGCAUACCUUAAGGAUCACUUGAGAAUCCACACUGGAGAAAAACCGUACUCAUGUGAUCAGUGCGGGAAGAGUUUUACGAUGAAAGGAACCCUUAAGGAUCACAUGAGAGUUCACACUGGAGAGAAGCUGUACUCAUGUGAUCAGUGCGGGAAGAGUUUUGCAUACAGACACAGUCUUAAAAGUCACACGAGAGCUCAUAGUGGAGAGAAGCCAUUCACAUGUGAUCAAUGUGGGAAUAGUUUCACAAGUAAAAGAUCUCUUAAGGAACACAUGACAAUCCACACUGGAGUGAAACCACACACAUGUGAUCAAUGUGGGACAAGUUUCAGACAAAAAGCAGCCCUUAGGGAGCACAUGACCAUCCACACUGGAGUGAAGCCGUUCACAUGUGAUCAGUGUGGAAAGAGUUUCAGAAAGUCAUGCACUUUUAAAGUACAUCUGCGUCGUCAUUCUGGAGAAAGACCAUUUAACUGUGACCAGUGUGGUAAAACUUUUUUUAGGUCAGAUGCGCUGAAGGACCACCUGAAAGUUCAUACAAAGGAGAAGCCUUACAUGUGUACUUUGUGUGGAAGGAGUUUUAGUCAGUCGGGUACUUUAAAAUUGCAUCAGAAAAGACACAACAGUGUGAAGGAGCAUAUGUGUUUUGAUUGUGGGAAAACUUUUGUUAGAGAUGCUGAACUGAAACUGCACCAGAGCACUCACACUGGAGAAAAACCUUACAAGUGUUCACACUGCGACAAGAGAUUCAGAUGGUCAGAUUAUCUGAAAAAACACGAGAGGAUCCACACCGGAGAAAAACCUUUCAAGUGUUCACACUGUGACAAGAGAUUCAAAUGGUCAGAAUAUCUAAAAAAACACGAGAGGAUCCACACUGGAGAGAAACUGUAUCAGUGCAGUCAAUGUGGGAAGAGUUUCACUCUGUCAUCAUCUUUACUCAGUCAUACAAAAAAGAAAUGUGUUAAAUCAUGAACUCUUAUCUGAAUAAAAAUCUGAAUUCUUUGGAA